AUAUCAGCUUGACUCCGGUAGCUCAAUGUUACAGUUCAUGGUAGAAUUAGACUACCUCGAACCAUGGAUGGAGGCGAGUUUAAGUGACUGUGACGUUGUUUUGUAGAGGUUGCAACUUCCAGGUGGGAGAGAGGGCAAAAUUUGAUAUCUCGCCGUGCCGAAGUAGCAAACAAACUACACGGCAUGACGCAGACAGAGCCAAUGCUGCCGAAAACUCCGCACUCUUAGCCAGGGAAAAAGAGUCAGAAGAAGUCGAAAGGGGUCGAAAAACAGUCGAAAUAGUCCUCUAUGGGCAACAAAAUAUCCGCCGUUAGUGGUGUCAAGUCGCCCAACUUCUACGAGCCGGGCAACGCUGUCAACGAGAUCUGGGUCGGCAACCUCGAGGUAAUCUCCCGGCUCCCCUUUGGAGACUCAGACAUGGCCCAGGCAGGCUGGCCGAAGAAUGACUACCCUAAAUUCCCCUGGCGGCCAUUUGUUAUACCUCUCUUUGCCAUGUUCACCAAGGGCGCUGCCGGCGCAGAGACUGCGGCAGGCACUGCAGCGCCUUCACACCUAUCCCGACGCUCUACACCACAAGAGCCGAUGACAAAAACGGCGGCGGAAGAGAUGGCCAUGCUUUCUACUUCUAUUGUCUCGGGCACUAUCACCGUGUAUGCCGUGGUUACGAUCCUACUGGCUUGCGCCCCCAAGAUCUUCGACCUUCUCGACACUGUUUACUUCAAAUGUCGGCGCAGUGCCAGAGAUUUGCUGGAAAUGAGCGCUGGAUGCCUACACCGGCUUUGUCUUCUGGGAAUAUACAGCAAGCCUUAUCUGAUAUUCAGCUACAUGUUCCAUGCGGGCAUAUUUUCACCUGGCAAACCACAUACCAUGAAUAUGCUCUUUGCCCCGGCUGAAACCCUUUCCUACCUAGUCGUGAUCCAGCUGUUGAGCACGAUAUUCGCAGCCGUCACAUGCUACAGCAACAUUUAUCGAUACUGUAGAGAGUCCCGUCCUAAACAGGCCGACGAGGUGGCACUCUGGCAGGAAAAGAGCUUGGAGAUAGAAGGGAGUCUAGAGGAUGGAAGAGAGAAGUCUCGCCCGGAAGCAUUUGGGCCCUGGGUUUUUAUAGUCAACCUCUGUGCCUUUUUUGAAGCCAUAACCACAGUGCUGCUUCUUAUUAAUUUGUCCAGGAUCGAUUAG